UUGAAAUUGUAGCUCAUCUACUCCAACCAACACCAACCCAUGCCAAACAAAACAAUCCCCAAUAUCUCACUCCCUCUGGCCACCUCAUAAAUGUUCAACUGCUUCUUGCCCUCUACUCUAUAUCUCCUCUCUCUCCGUCUCUUAAUUCCAUAACUGCUUCAUUCAGUUCUUUAUUGCUUACCAGUCUCUACUAACCCAACCCCUACUUCACGGUCGCUACAUUGACAAGAUACUCUCUGUCUAUGGGUUUUCUUAUUUAAUCCCCAUCAACCCAAACCCAUUUCUCAGUCAGAUCCAAUCACUCUUCUUCACUUUGUGCAUCAUGGAGCUCUCUACCAUGGAGCAGCUCAAGUCCCAGCCAGUUUGGCUUCUUGUACUGCUGGGUCUUGGUUCUUUAUCACUAUUGAAGUUCUCGUCGGCUCUUCUCAAGUGGGUCUAUGUGAAUUUCCUCAGACCUGCCAAGAAUCUCAAGAAAUACGGCUCCUGGGCGCUUGUCACCGGACCAACUGACGGUAUCGGCAAAGGCUUCGCCUUUCAGUUGGCCCGCGUAGGCCUCAAUCUCGUUCUUGUCGGUCGGAACCCUGAGAAGCUCAAGGACGUUUCGGAAUCUAUCCGAGCCAAAUUCGGGCAAACCCAGAUCAAGACCGUGGUUGUCGAUUUCUCCGGCGAUUUAGACGAGGGGGUCAAUCGGGUUCGCGAAGCCAUCGAAGGCAUUGACGUCGGGCUUUUGAUUAACAACGUUGGAAUUUCGUAUCCUUACGCGAGGUUUUUCCACGAAGUGGAUCACCAACUGUUGGCCGAUUUGAUUAAGGUCAAUGUCGAGGGCACUACAAAGGUCACGCAGGCGGUUUUGCCCGGAAUGCUCAGCAGGAAGAGAGGUGCAAUCGUCAAUAUUGGCUCUGGUGCUGCCAUUGUGAUACCGUCUGAUCCCCUUUACUCUGUAUAUGCCGCCACCAAAGCAUAUGUUGAUCAAUUUUCAAGGUGCCUUUAUGUUGAGUACAAGAAGAGCGGAAUUGAUGUGCAAUGUCAGGUACCCUUAUACGUUGCGACAAAGAUGGCGUCAAUCAAAAGGUCCUCCUCCUUUGUUCCAUCGACAGAUGGUUAUGCUCGGGCUGCCUUGCGCUGGAUAGGCCAUGAACCGCGCUGCACUCCCUACUGGCCCCAUUCUCUUCUCUGGGCUUUUGCACAUUCUCUGCCCGAAUCUGUUGUCGACGCUUGGCGCCUACGGUUCUGCUUUGCCAUUCGGAAGAGGGGGCAACUCAAAGACUCUAGGAAGAAGGAAUAGUCACCAUCCUAAUCUUUCAACUUAUCCGCUUCUUUUCCCUCGAAUGAUGUGGACUGAGGUAGUAGGCCCUUCUUGGUAGAACUUCUUGAGCCACAGUGCUUGAAUUUAUGUUGUCUUGUACUUUCUUUGAGACUGCUUCUAAAGUUGAGAAAAUCGGAUUAAUCUUAUUAACUGGAUCUUUGAGUGCCUUUGCUUACUUUAUUAUUAUUAUUAUUAUUAUCAAGCUGAUAUGAUUGCAAGAAAAGAA